AUGUUUUCCUUUUCCAAUGAUAAAAUAUCACAAGUUAGUACUCCUAGUAAAACAAUUCAUCCAUCCAAGUUAUUAUCAAUGCAGUCCAUGUUGAAUGAUGCCUUUAUUGGCUCGCCUCCAACCUCAGAAAAUACUUUUAUUCUCUCUAAAAGCUAUCCGAAACCCUUUGAACAAAAAGUAGAUUUCCUCAAAGCCUUACUUGAUAAUGAAUAUCUGACCAUGUUUGUUCAAUUUAGCGCAGAGUUUCAAGUGUUGAAUCCGUUAAUAACCGAAAUUAGAGUUUGGAUUUCGGAUUUGAAUUCAUCACGAACAAGCUUUCAUCUUCUCUCCUGCUUACAUUUAAUUCAACAAAUAUUUGGGCAUUCUGGACAGGUUGAAAAUCAUUUAGAUUUUCAACAAGUUUCUUCUUCGUGUGGAAUCUCUGGUUUUCUAUUCGAAAAACAAUUAACAGAACAUGAAUUGUUCGAAAUGUACUUUACCUUGAAUGAAAAGGCAACAAACUCUAUUCAAGCACAAUUUUCCUUUUUGAAGAGUUUCAAAUUCAUCUACCUGUUCAAUUGCAUUGGAAUUGAAAAUCAGGAAAAUUCAAGUAAUGAAAAGUUUGAAUUCAUUCAAGAAUUGGAAUUGGAUUCAACCCGUGACAUUUGUACAUUAAUUAUUUACUUAUAUGAUUUCAUUGGCAGAAGAAAUAAUCACGAUGUGGAUUAUUUGUUGAACUUGGCCAAUUGUGCAGAAGUUAGACCUUGGAAUGAAUUCAAAUUUGGAGAACGAAGUAUCAUUGAAACGAGCACAACUUUGAAUAAUUCACUUCUCUCUCCAACAUCACCAAAAACUCCAACACCGAGAAAGAAGGGAAUUGUCAAGUCAGGCAAGAUGAAAUCCAACAAGAAGGUCAUCUUUGUGGAUUCUUCAGUGUUGAACAGUCCACAAAUUGAUAGAGUUCUCAGAGAUAUUACCAAUAUUAAAUUGUAG